UGGAGUCGCCCCCGCCUACGCCUACGUGCGCGCCCCGAAGGCGCAGAACCACAGUUCCCGGCGUUCCCCGCGGCGCCCCCGCCCGCUCUCUCAACCCCCGCCCUCCCGCGAAAGCCCAUGGGAGCUGCAGUCCGAGCCCAGGGGCGCCGCCUGCUGGCCGUGUGCACCGCGCUCCGGCCCCGCUGCCCGGCUCCCUCCGCGGGAGGCGGCGCCCGCGCUGUUUGCGAACGCGGCGAGUCCCGCUCGGCGCGGGACGAGGAGAGCGCGGGCGGUGCCUCUGCCGGGGAGCGGAGCCGGCGGCCCGGCCCGGGGGCCGGAGCAGGGGGCGACCCCUCCUCCUGCAAGGCCGGGCAGAAGCGCCGCUGCCCGCACCGGGCAUGGCGGCCACGGCGCCGGAAAUGUCCCCGGAAGCCGUCCCUCCGCUCCCGUGAUGCCCCGCGGUGGCGCCCAUUCGAGUCCCGCCGCCCGCCGAGCAGGAGUAGACGGCGGCUCCGCGUCCCGGUCCCGGCGGCUUCACCCCGGCCCUGGAUGGCCGCGGCGGGGCCAAGCGCCGGCGGAGCGAGCCGGGGAUGGCGUGUCCUUCGGCGCGGGUGUCAUCCCCGGGAGAGCGGCUGCCGCUUCGCCCGCCACCUCCUCAAGCACGUCCUGUACCGGCGGCAGCAGCUCCCGCUGCCCUACGAGCGGCUCGGCUGCUUCUGCCGCCGGGAUGAAGAUGCGAGUAAGAAGCCACCCUCCCUAGAGCGGGCAAGCAAGAAAUGGCAGCAGCUGCUGACAGACCUAGAGGGACUGUUCCAGCACGUGGAAGUAAUAUUAAGUUUGACACGGGUUUCUUGUGUUCUUUCUCUACUUGGAGGCACUGUUAUGAGCCCCAGGGAGUUCUAUGAGCUCAACUUGGAGAGUAUCUGUGAGGGCAGUGCUGAGGAGAGCCUGGAACGUGCCUCCUGCGUUCGCAAGCUUUUUCGCUCCCUCUUUGUUGCGGAUGUCUUCAGUGAACUUGAGGACCUGCCUGUGACCUGCCUGUCGGGCACUGUUGUCAUGCUCCAGGGGCACUGCAGUUGUGCUGAUGACUGAACACUGACCGUGAACUUGUCCUGUGAUGGAGGCAUCGACAUAAGCGCCUCACCUCAUCAGCCUCUGGCUUCUACUUGGGAGGACUAUGUCUGGUUUCAAGCACCGGUGACCCUCAAAGGCUUUCGAGAAUGACCUGUGCUCUGUGGAACUCUAGUGGAAUAUUGAAUGAGCUUUGGUGAUGCUUUAAGGGACGCUGACUUUAUCAAAUGUAACCGCAUAUUCUUGUCUGUUUGGGUCUCUUCUUCAGGGCAUCUGCUGUCUUCCUACAGCUCGACCCUGUUCCUCUGCCCUCACCUCUGGAAUUGUUGUUGAAAGCAAAUACCUGUUAAGGUACAGCCGCACCUUCACCACCCCCCCACACCA